AUGUUUAAGCUGAAUGAAAUCAUUACAGAGAAACAAUCUGACAAGUUCAACAAAUACAAAGACACAAUUGAAGACAUCAGUGAGAUGUCACACAAUGCAGAGUGCUCAAGUGAUCAGAAUAAUAAUAGCUUAUCAAGCAAGAAGACUCACAUGAGACUAGAAAUUGCAAGACUUCAGCAUGAUAUUGAGCAGAUGAAGAUCAGUAGAAGUGACUCUGCAGAUGAUGAGAUAAGAGCAGAUCUGACAGAAUAUCUUCAACAGAAAGAGAAGAUAUCUGUUAUAAUAAAAGUUCUUGAAGAAUUCAGAAGCUAA